ACGAGCUCCUCCCCACGUGUUUGAGAGGCAGAGUCAACAUGGUACCUUGAGCCGAGCUGUUCAGUUGCCUGACUUCUGCCCAAUUGGUUUCCACAUUCAUGGACUGCCCUCACACACUGAUGAGAUAGUACAAACUGUGCAGCGAAGUGUGCAGGUUGGAUCCCUGAGAUCUGCUGCUCCGCUCCUGUGACUUCUCCUCUCGGCCACUGUGUCCGAUCCCAUCAACAUGGCCAGCGGUGAAGACGACGACCCGAUUAUAGAGGAGAUUGACGUGUACCUCGCAAAAAGUCUGGCAGAUAAGCUGUAUCUUUUCCAGUACCCUGUGCGACCGGCCACUAUGACCUACGAUGACGUCAACCAUUUGUCCGCGAAGAUCAAACCCAAACAGCAGAGGGUGGAGCUGGAAAUGGCCAUCAACACUAUGAGUCCAAACUACUGCCGCAGUAAAGGGGAGCAAAUCGCCCUGAAUGUGGACGGCACAUCCUAUGAAGAGACAAACACCUACUCUGCAAAAAUGAUGGACAAGCAGACCUUCUCAUCCAUCCAGGCCACCACUAACACCUCCAGAUAUGCAGCCGCCGUGUUUCGGAAAGGCGAGCUCCACAUCACCCCGCUAACGGGAAUCCUGCAGCUGAGGCCCAGCUUCUCUUACUUGGACAAGGCCGACAACAAAACCCGAGAGCGCGAGGCGGCAAACGAAGGUGGAGACUCAUCUCAGGAUGAAGCUGAGGAGGAAGUCAAAGCCAUUACGGUGCGGUUCGCACGCCCCGAGUCGGAGCAGGCCCGGCAGAGGAGGAUCCAGUCCUACGAGUUCCUGCAGAAGAAGCAGGCAGAGGAGCCCUGGAUCCACCUGCAGUACCACGGCGUAAAGGACGGGCGCUCGGAGCAUGAAAAACAGUACCUCUACUGUCAAUCCGGGGACGGCUCUGACAACUCUGAACUGGUCAAAACUCCUAAGGAGUAUCUGGAUAUGCUGAUGCCCCCUCUCGAAGAAGAGAAAGUUGUUAAACCUGUCGGGCCCAGCAACGUGCUCUCCAUGGCUCAGCUCCGCACUCUGCCGCUGGGAGAACAAGUCAAGACCCUGAUGAAGAACGUCAAAGUGAUGCCAUUCGCCAACCUGAUGGGCCUGCUGGCCUCUGGGACUGACCAGACCUCAGCGCUGCGCUGCAUCCAGCAGGUGGCACUGCUGGUUCAAGGGAACUGGGUCGUCAAGAGUGACGUUUUGUAUCCUAAAAACACGUUCAGCGCUCACAGCGGCGUCCCUGCCGAGGUGCUGUGCCGCGGCAGAGACUUCGUGAUGUGGAGGUUCACUCUGGAGCGCUCCGUCAUGAGAAAGGAGAUCACCUCCAUCAUCAAACUUCCUCCAGAGGAUGUGAAGGAGUUCCUGGAGCAUGUGGCCGCUCCCCGGGUCAACCGGGGCUGGGAGUUCCUGUUGCCCACCGACGUGGACUUCAUCAAGAAGCACCCGGAUGUGGCCAACAGGCAAAAGAUGCUGUGGCUCGGCAUCCAGAGCAAGUUGGAGAAGGUGUUCGAUUUUUCAAAAGACGACUUUGUGCCAAAGGGUUCGUCCCAGCCUGAGCCGGUCCACGUGAGCGGGGAGCAGCGCCUGAAGCGGGCUCAGGACCGGGCGCUGGACAAGCAGCCGACGGGGAGGACGAGCCCAUGGACACCUCCUCCCCCCCCCUCCUCCUCCACCAUCCCCAACGGCUCUGCCAACGGCUACCCCAGCGCCGCCUCCCCCUGCUUCGAACACGCCAACGGGGGGAGCCCCGCCGGCACGCCGUCCCGGGAGCUGCGGGACUUUGUGACAAAGACCUUCAGGAAACACUUUGUGCUGACGCUGAACGAGCUCAAGCGGCUGUUCAACCUGCACCUGGCCUCCAUGCCGGCGGGACAGAACACGCUCCGCUCCAUCUCGGACCACGUGCUCCAGGACGCCGUCCUGCUCUGCCAGUGCAAACAGAUCGCGGUGCCCUUUCCAGCACAGAGCCAAGCGGCUCCAGAUGAGCAGAAGGUGUUUGGCCUGUGGGAGACCGGAGACGAUUUCGACAAGCACCGCCGGCUGCUUUACGACUUGUUCACCAAGAACUACCGGAUCAGGAGGAGCUCGAUCCAAGCCAAGCUCACGCAGGAGUUCGGAGACGCUCCCAAAUCCGAAGUGGACCGGCUGCUUCAGGAGUGCUGCAGCAGCCACGCAGGGAUGUGGUACCUCAAAGGAACCAUCCAGUCCUGACCCAACGAGCCCGCCCACCCCCAACCCCCACCCCUCAUGGUCACCAUAAGCCAAUCAAAACCUCUCCCGUGCGUCCAGCGGGAGGACAGCUGAAAGACGAAAGCCAAUCACAGCAGCCGGCCCAGCUCUGAGGUCCGGCGAUUGGACGACAAAGACGGCAGCUGUGCAGACGCUCAGAACGGGAUGAUUUCUGACGUUAACGCCAGCGCUGGGACGCUAUGAGGACGGAAGCCUCCUGGUAGCAGGAGAGUCUAAGGGGAAGCGGAUUAGUAGAAACGAUGAAGAAAAAGUAAGGUUUAUGUAAACGGUUAAAUAGUAGAAAUGAUUAUUGUUUUGCAUUUUUGACCUCACGGCAGAUCGUUUUUCUUUUUUUUUUUUACCUGGUAAGGAUGAACGUGUUUUAUAUCAUCCCAUCACGGCCUCGUGGGCGUAAAUGACAUUUUCCAUUGGUAAAUCUCCAUGCAUUUUCAGUUGGUCCGAUUUAAAAAUGUUCGCUACCCACGAUGCCUCAGGAGAAAAAAAACACGUGAAGGCACUUAGAAAAAUAGCCGGGUUCGUUCAGACAAAAGGGAAACUGGAUGCAGAACGAGGAAAAAAACAAAACUCUACAGUCAACCUGCAUUGUGCUGCAGGAACUGGCUUUUGUUGCAUUUCAUUCAUCAAUAGAUGCAAGCUUGACUGAUUAUCAGGACUGAGCAAAGAGUGGAUUAAAAAGCAGAUGUUUAGUUUUGUGUUGGAUGGUGGAUUCAAUUUUUUCUCCUUGCAGUGACUGAUUUUGAAGACAACCAAUAAAAAAGCAGUUUGGAAUAAAA